CAAGGAAAUGGGACGGGAUGAUUGGUGAUGUGUUGUAUGGGAAAGCCGACAUCGCUCUGGCCUCCUUUUUCAUCACAUCUGAAAGACAAGCAGUUGGGGAUUUCACUCUUCCAUACUACAACAGCGGAAGGAUAUUUGCCAUGAAGAGAACAGCAUCAAGGACAUCAAGUGUCUGGGGCUUCAUCGGACCAUUUCAGAAGGAACUGUGGGCCACCAUCUUGUUGACGGCCUUGGCGGUAGGACUCUUUCAAGGUGUUGCCAAUUUAGCAACAAAGGACAUGUAAGACGUAACGCGUCUUUAUUGAUUCAGUUUAAAGUCUUGAGAAGCGUAAAUGUCGACAAACCAAAAUCGUCGCUGAAUAUUUGACUUUGAUUAAUGGGAAGGAAAGCUCUGUAUUGUAAAUGUAAUAUGGUAGGACAGAAUUUCUACUUUACUUUAUUUCUUGUCUGA